AUGCGCGCCUUGAUGGUGUUGCGACUUGGGAUACGACAAGGCUUGGUAAUCUUGAAUGAUCCACUCAACGAGCAGCUCCAACAGCUUGCCGCUCAGUAUAACCGCCUCACCCUUGGGAUGAAAGCAAGACAGAACAGUGGACUCCUUGCUUGCCUCGAUCGAUCCCGAGUGCUUUUGCACACUACUCGAACCUGA